AUGGCGAAUUAUCAAGACAGCCCCCUCUUCCCUUUCCCUGCUGUCAGAUUCAAGGAAAACACGAGGGAUAUCUGCGCGCUCCGUGAAAAAGAGAAAGGUGACUGGCGUUUACUCUGCUGCGAAGAGAAGAAGGCACUAUACCGUGCGUCGUUCUGCCAAACUUUCGCGGAGUUCCAGCACCCCACCGGUCAGUGGAAGUUCUGCUUGGGCUGGGCGCUGUUUGCAACCUCCUUCACUUUCUGGAUGGCGCUUCGUGACAGAGAGAAGUGUGACUGGCGAACUCUGUGCAUCGAUGAGAAGAAGGCCCUUUAUCGCGCCUCCUUCUGCCAGACCUUUGCUGAGUUUCAGGCGCCCACCGGACAAUGGAAGUUCUGUCUUGGAUGGGCGCUAUUUGCAACGUCUUUUACUUUUUGGAUGGUGAUGUUCAGCCGCCAUUAUGUAUGGGAUCCUCUACCCAGUUCCUUCUCUAAGGAAUCCCAGAAGGCUCAGUUGCGAAGAAUGUUGGAGCUCCGUGUGAACCCUAUAGAUGGUCUGUCUUCACGUUGGGACUAUGAUAAUGAUCGAUGGAAGGUGGCAAUAGUUCUCGCCCUUGUGGGCUUAUCGGUUGCUAAUCCUACACCACUAGGGUUAGGUUUAACCACCCUAGCGCACGCGCCGGGGGUGUACACGUCUAGCUUCAUCAACCACGGAUAUUCCAUCCCGCGUGUGGUUGUAACCGCCCCGGUUGCCCCCAUUAUCAAAACCGUUUACACCACUCCAAUUGUCUCCCCUAUAUACGCCCAUGGGCAUGGCUGGUAUCAUUGA